AUUUUUUACUCUACGAAGCGGUAUUCUUACGAUGACGCUUGCCGGUGCAGUGCAGCCGUCUUCGCGUGUUAAUCUAACGGCCCUGAAAGAUGAAACAGGGAAACGUUUAAUAGACUUGCUGGAUGAAUGCACGGGAAGAAAGGCAAUCGUUUGGGACGAGAGUUUGACGGGACCUAUUGGACUAGUGGCAGAGUACUCCGUACUGAAAGAGCAUGACGUCGUGAAAAUGUUCCCUCUGCGUCCGGGAAGGCUGAGCGAGGCACCGAACGUUCGUCAUGUAAUUUUCAUAUGCAAGGCUCGUGUUGAGUUGAUGGAUGUAAUAGCAGAUUGCUUGAUGAGAGAGGACAGUGCCCGCAGCGCUACGAAAGAAUUCCACCUUCUUUUAGUCCCAAGAGCUUCGCUUCUUUGUGAGAAGCGACUGAAGGACAAAGGCGUUUAUGGGACUCUGAGCUCUGUUCAAGAGCUCGGGAUAGACUUCUACGUUUUCGAUACGGAUGUCAUCUCCAUGGAGUGGGCGGAUUCUUUCAAGGAAUGCUAUCUGGAAAAUGAUACGACGAGUCUUUUCCACGCCGCUCGUGGAUUGAUGAGUCUGCAGAGAAUAUUCGGUCCGAUUUCGAAAGUUUACGGCAAAGGUUUAUGUGCGCGUCAGCUAUGGGACCUCGUGAGCAAAAUGAAGAGGGAAGAAGUUGGCUCCGAAUCUGUGAGGGUGAAAACGGAUGCUUGGUACUCCAGAUUGGGUCAACCGCAAAUCGAUGCUGUUGUGCUCGUCGAUCGUUCCGUGGAUCCAAUCAGUCCGAUUGUGACUCAGCUAACGUACGAGGGACUGAUCGACGAACUAUUCGGCAUUAGAAAUAAUAGUGUGAAACUUCCUGGAGAGAAAUUCUCGCGGGAUGAUACAGGGUCCGAUCUUUCAAUGGAGACUAAACAAGUCAUAUUAUCGUCGAAAGAGGAUUUAUACGCUGAAAUCCGUGACAAACAUUUCAAUGCUGUUGGCUCGGUUUUGAGUCGGAAAGCGAAACAAGAUUUCCUCCAAUACACCGCAAACUCCGAGAAAAAUGUCGGUGAACUUAAGCAACUCGUUGCAAAGCUUCCGUAUCUUCAGGCUGCCAAACUUUCGCUUGCAACUCAUACCACGAUUGCGGAGUUGAUCAAGGAAGCCACGGACGAGGACGAUUUCCGAGAGACCAUACAAACGGAACAAGAGUUUCUCAAUUGUGUUGGAACGAAUAAAAUCAAUUCCUUCAUUGAGGAUUGCAUCAGUCGCAAAGAAGCUUUGUCUAAAGUUCUCCGUCUGAUGUGUUUGCAAUGUUCAACCAACGGCGGACUUCCUCAACGAGUCUUGGAACACUACCAGCGUGAAAUCCUAAGAAACUACGGCUUUCAGCAUUCCGUCACGUUGCUGAACCUGGAGAAAGCCGGGCUUUUAACGAGUCAAACCUGUGCCAACUACCCUUAUUUGAGGAAAGCCCUGAAGCUAACAGUGGAUGAUGUGAGUGAACAGAAGCCAAUGGACAUUGCGUAUGUCCACAGUGGAUACGCACCUUUGUCAGUUCGCCUCGUUCAUCACUUGACGAGGAAGGAUUUUAAAUCCGUGGAUGACGCUUUGUGUGCAUUACCUGGGCCUUUGGUCAACGACGUGCAGCAAUUACCCAGUGGAAUGCAGCACCGGAACUAUUCCGAAGGGAAAGUGGAGGAUGGAGAGAAUAUUACCGUGGUCUUGGUAUUCUUUCUUGGAGGCUGUACGUUCGGGGAAAUCUCCGCAUUGCGAUUUCUUUCACAACAAGACAACAGUACCACGGAGUACUUGAUAGCCACGACAAAGAUCAUCAAUGGCAAGACGUUCCUGGAAUCCUUGGAAGAAACCCAACGCCCUGCGUCUGUAAUGCCUCCGAAGUGGAAAGAUUUACAGGUGAACUUGCGGCCUGAAAUUCUGCAAGCGUUGGAAGUCGGUGGCUUCUCAGUUCCUACGAUUGUUCAGGCUCGAACGGUUCCGCUUUUCUUGAAGAAUAAAGAUGUUGCGGUUCAAGCCAUCACUGGCAGCGGGAAAACGUUGGCCUUUGUCGUGCCGAUCUUGGAGAUUCUCUUGAGGAGAGAGGACCCAUGGAAGAAGCAUGAAAUCGGCGCAGUGGUGAUUUCCCCUACGAGAGAACUGGCGUCUCAGACGUGGCAGGUGAUCGAGCAAUUCCUGUCGGGUCCCGUCCGGUUACCCGCCAAGUUCCGGUCCAUGCUUCUUGUCGGAGGAACGGAUCCGUCCGAAGACGUGACGAAAUUCGAAGCAGACGGAGCAAACAUCAUAGUUGCCACGCCCGGUCGAUUGGAAGACCUCUUGAAGAAGAAAUCUGGCGGUUCCGAUCUUGCGUGUCACGUCCGACGCGUUGAAAUUGUCGUUUUGGAUGAAGCGGAUAAGCUGCUGGAAUUUGGGUUCGAACGAACUGUCACGACUAUCCUCAGCUACUUUCCGAAGCAGAGGCGAACUGGUCUAUUUUCUGCGACGCAAUCAGAAGCCCUGAAUCCACUCAUUAAAACAGGAAUGCGGAAUCCUGUGCAGGUCUUGGUUCGUGACGUGGUAGCUUGCCAGGAUGCGCUGAAUACUCCAGGGACUUUGGAAAAUUUCUACAUGACGUGCACUGAAGUUGACAAGUUCGACAACCUCGUGCGCAUGCUGCAAACGACGGAAUGUGUCGAGGGAAAAGUGUUGGUUUUUCUCGCCACGUGCGCUUGUGUGGAUUAUUUUUCGUCUGUGCUUCGAUUGAUUCUGGGAACACAGAGAAAAGUGUUGAGCAUGCACGGGAAAAUGAAAACCAAGCGGAACAAGAUUUUUCAACGCUUCAAGGAUCUGGAUACCGGGAUACUGGUGUGCACUGACGUGAUGGCGAGAGGUAUCGAUGUUCCCGACAUAGACUGGGUCAUUCAGUAUGACCCUCCUUCGUCAGCGACUGCGGUUGUGCAUCGAUGCGGUCGAACUGCGAGGAAUGGACAACCCGGUAAAGCUCUUCUCAUGUUGCUCCGCGAAGAGGAUGCUUACGUGAAGUUCCUGUCAUUGAAUCAAAAAGUUCAUUUAGAGAAAAUGGAAACAUUCGUGACAGACACUGUGGACGCGGAUGGGAAUGUUCUCAUGGAUCGCCUAGAGGCCUUGAGUUCAACCAAGAAGCUCUUGGCUAAAGACCACGGUUUGAUUGACAAAAGUUCACGGGCCUUCGUCUCCUUUGUCCAGUUUUACAUGAAACACGAUGAUCAGCAACGCGAGAAGAUGCGGAAGGAGAAGUUCAAGGUGUUUUCGGAAACCGGGCUGUGGCCGUUGUCCAAGAAGAAGUUGAAGGAACGAGCGCGUUUUGCGGAAAUCAAGAAGUUGAACGAGGAACGAAAGCGGGAAAGAAUUUUGGAGUUCAAGCGGAAGCGGAAACGAAGCAAAUCCGCCCAGCCUCAAAAACUGACCGAAGUGGAGAAAGAAGAGCUGGACGGCGACAUUAAACUCAUGAAGAAGCUCAAACGCGGUCACAUUUCGAAAGAAGUUUUCGACGCUGAAUUUUGCGGAGACGAAGUGGCUACUGCGUGAAUUUUAGGCUGUGAUACGGACUGCUCUUUGAUCGCGAGAAUGAAGACAAUUUUCACGAGA